AUGUAUUCAUCCAAAGUUGCUUUCACACUUGUUGUUUCAAUUGCAAUUGUAACAGCAGUUCCUCUCGGAGGGAUACUCGGAAGAAAUGGACAAGGAGGUCUCGGAGGAAUCCUUGGUGGAGGUGAAGGUGGUUUAGGAGGAAUACUCGGAAAUGGUGGAUUAGGUGGAAUCCUCGGAGGAAAUGGAUUGGGAGGAGUACUUGGAGGAGAGGAUGGUGGAUUGGGAGGAAUCAUUGGUCAACUUCUUGGAAGUGCAAAUGCAACAGAUGGACUUUUGGGAAUUAUAAAUCCAGCAGAUUUAUUGGAUUUGUCUCUUCUUGGAGAUGGCCUCACUCAAAAAAUUAUUGAUCUUGUUGAAAAGAUUCCAGGAAGUGCUCUCCCUAAAGUACAAGAAAUUCUCUCGAAUGUGGAUAAUCUUGGAGUUGAGGAAGUUCUAUCCAAGCUUAACGGUCUUGUUCCUGGCCUUGGAGAUGAACUUGAAAAUCUUAUCACAACAGUUCUCAAUCUUAUCGAACAGUUGCUCAAAGAAGUUGCCGAUAUUCUUCAAAGUCUUCCAGAUGUUUUAGGAGAAUUAUCUAAAAUCGUGGAUGACCAAAAUUUAACAUCUGUUGAGAAGAACGAUGCUAUCAAUCAAUUGAAAGGAACAAACAAAAUUGAACUCAAUACAAUCAUUUUUAUUAUCGCUCAACUCCUCAACGGAGGAGCACUUCCAGAACAUCCAGAACUUCCACCUACUCCAAUCAAUGUUUAG